CGUCAGAACUGACGAUGUCUCGCUUGCAUAAUUUAUGUUUCAUGAGACUGUGUAUAUUGGGAAUCAUCGUAAUAUAUGAAAGCGCUACAAUGGCUGGUUGCGAAUGUUCAUGUCUGGAAGUAUGUGACAGUGCCCUUCUUUAACCUCAUCCUCUGAUUCUCCCGACCGGACACUAGAGGGUUUCAGCCACCUUCUCAUCAUGUUGAAGAUACAACGUCCGCUCUGCACAGAACUCACAUUCAGGUUAACUCACGAUAUAAGUCCAGACCUUUACUGCGAUGAAGAUGACCAUGAUCUGGACCAAGUCAGUCGGGAACAAUUCAUCUUUUCGUGUCUCACCAAAAAGCGUGAGAGCUUUCCUGAUAAAAAAGUUGCUAUUAUGGACAAACUCUCAGACACACUAACAGAGAGAAAGAAAUCUAGUUUAAUCAACGUAAAACUACCAUCAUCAGAAACGGUGGAAAAAGCAGAGGCGGAAAACUUGAUACAGGAAUGUGUGAAGGAGAAAUUAAACAAAACGUCAGAGAAGGAGAAAAAAUUGGAGAUAGUAAAAUCACCGCUUGAUGUAAAACAAAAAACAAUAGAACAAUUACAUAAUUCUAUCAAUGUACAAUACCACUGUAAACAAGACAGUGCACCUACAAAACCAUCAGGCUCUGAGAAAUACGAACCAGAACUGAAGAAAAGUCCACGGGAGGAUCAACAUUCAAGGCCUCAUCAAUCCACGGUGCCAAAGGCAACCAUUGCUAAAACUGUGAGGAAACCUCGCAAACUUCCAGAGAUCCCAAAUAAAUCUCCAGAUGGAGAAAGUUCUUCUGGUAAUCCAGUUAAUGCUAAGUGCUUGGCAGACGAACUCCAAGAGGCUUUGGUUCGAGACAGUCGUCCAAACUCAACAGAUGACGAUGACGAUGUAUUUUAUCCCACACCCUCUGAAGGGAAGAGCUCACCAUCAUCAAAAGUAUACCCCAAGUUUAGCUGUAAAUUUCUAGAGGAACUUAAGCUAAUAAACUUUAACAGUGUUUCAAAGAAUACCCGACCUUACACAUCUUCUAAUAAUGUAUACUUGGAGGAGGAUUCUACCGCUGACAGCCAGCGCCACCUGUCUGUGGCAACGAGCAGUAGGAGAAGACGAAACAGCUCUGGAGGUGAUGGAUCAAAAAGAAAAUCAACCUCAAGUGUAGCAAGUUCAAAUUACACCGACCUGGAGGUCACCCAUCGUGGAAUGCACCGAUUCAUUCCUCGUCACAAAGAUGAGAUUUCUGUUGAGAUCGGAGAUCCUAUACAUGUGUUCUCUGAAGCUGACGAUUUGUGGUGUGAGGGUGUGAAUCUGCGAACAUUUCACCGAGGAAUAUUUCCUUCAAUGUAUGCAACAGAUCUUCAGUUCUUGGAGGAUGAUUCAGAAACUGAUGGCACCUCCCAUUUUAAUAUGCGCUUCCUAGGGUCUGUCGAAGUCAAUGAACAUAAGGGGGAUGCUGUUCUCUGUCAGGCCAUCAACAAGAUUGCUCUUUCCCGUCGCUCUGCCAAAUGCUCAACUCCCCCACCGCUGUGUACAGUGGAAGUCAGCCAGUACGGAAUUAGGAUGUUUGACAAAAGUAAAAGUGGACACGAAAGCGAAUCAGAUGCCUACACCCACUUCUUUGCCCUGAAGAACAUCUCGUUCUGUGGCUUUCAUCCCCGCAAUGAAAGAUACUUUGGAUUCAUAACAAAACACCCUAAAGCAUACAGAUUUGCCUGUCAUGUAUUUCUGGGAGAAAAAUCAACCAGGAGUGUCAGUGAGGCUCUGGGAAAUGCUUUUAAGAGAUUUUACCAGGAAUAUAUGGCAUUUACUCACCCAACCGAGGACAUUUAUAUGGAAUAGAAAAAAACUUGUGCUACCAUCCAUAAAUGAAAACUUCAACCUCAACAGUUGUGGAAUAUUAACAUGUAGAUAUGUCAGUUGUGGCAAUAAGGAAACUGCAUCAAAAUGCUGACUUAAAAAUUUCAAAAAACCGAAGGAUCAGUCCUUGAGAUCGAAGUUGAAGGAAUCGGGAAAAUUAACAAUUUUCUAAAAUAUUUGAGAUUUCAUAUUUUGAAUUUCAAUGUUAUGUCUCUUUUGAUGGUUAUAACAAAUGUAUUUAAAAAGGAUAUUUCACAAAAAUAUUCCUAUUCAAAUUCCAGAAACAGGAUUUCGAAACACUGUUUUUAUGUGAAUUAAGAAGUGAAACGUGAAACAAUUGUAUUAAAAAAUCACAGAGCAUUAGAUUAUUUAUCAACCAGAAGGUUUAAAUGUUAACUGUGAAAAACUGAUUAUGACAAAUACAGUAAAACUUGAAUGUGUACGAAGUUUGGCAUCAAACGAAGCCAAGGAAGAUCACAUACAAUGGUAUGUUAUAUAUUUUGUGAAACAACAAAAAAAUAAUUAAAAUGUGAAACACUAAUCUUUAACAAUGGACAAAAGAAAAUGUGAAACAAAAAACAUGUGAAACAUCAAUGUAUGAAAUGUGAAAACUUUCAAUGGUAGAAAAUUAAUGAAAAAUAUGACAGGUAUACUGAUGAUUUGAGAUCAGAUAUCAUUGACUAUUUGUGGAAUUAGAAAAUAUGCCAACAUUCGUAGCUUUUAACACUGUGACACCUUUGAGGCCCUAACAACAUAAUAAAUGUAAGAGGAUUUGAGACACUUUUUUGAAAUAGAGUGACAACGAAUCGGGCAUGUGCAAAAGUGACAUAAAUGAAACCAAAUUUUACAAAAUUAAAUCAUAACCACUCACUUCAUUCUCCCCAAGUGUCUCUUGCCCCUUAUAUGUUUACCCUGUAUCUAAGAAUUUCGAAAGUGAAAUUGAAUGUACAUUUUCCUCAUAGUGUAUUGGUCCAUACAAUGUAUACAUCAUAGAAGUUUUCGUCUGAAAGUGAUAUCAUUCACUUAUAGACUUAUGAAUGGGAGUCAAUCAAGCAUGAAGUUUUAACUGAAAAUUAAUAAUUCAAAUUUGUUAGUGAGAUGGAGUUCGUUUUCUGUGAAGGUGGUAAAUUUAUCAUCCAUAUCAACCCAUAUUGAUAUUCAUGCACUCAACCAUAAAAUCAUCUGAGCAGCUGUUUUCAUUCAUGCAUGAAUUCUUUCGUAAAACAUUCUAGUUUCGAAUUGUAGAUUAUUGUCAAAAGGAUAUGAGUUGCUGUUUACAGAAUUUUUUGUCUAUGUAAUUUUUUUUUUUCUUUUAAUUUCAUAAUAAAAACUUCUCAAUUAAAAUAAUUAUGUAAAAUUUGUACCUCAAUCAUUUUCCUUAAAAUAUAUGCAUAUGUUUACUAUUGCUGAAAUAAAUGUUUCCAAUGAAAAAAAUACCAGACACUUUUUCCUUACACAAAUCUUUUCUUUGUGAAUUAAUAUAUUUUGCUAAUUUUAAUUUGACAGUAAAUUUUUGUGGUAUUAUCUUUACUCUGAGCUCUAAUGUAAUAAAUAGUUUCCAUUGUUGAUCAGAUCAGCCACUCAAAAUACAAAGCAGGCGGUAUUGGGAAAGUUUGGAAUAACUUUUUUUUUAAACAAUUUAUGUCAAGAUUAAUAAAAAAUUAAAGCGGUCACCUGAAGAAGAAAUCAAAAUGCAAACCUAAUGAAUGAGAUCUGUGAUAUAGGUAGACUAUUAUGCAUGUCUACAGACUCCACUUUCUGUGGUACUGGGUUUCUCCUGGAUAUCACUUUAGUGAAAUGUGGAACUCAUCCUGGAUUUUUGUGUGAAUUAAGUAAUAUGCUGUACAAAAGUCAUCAUGGGUUUUUUGUAUGAAGUUAAAUUGUACAAAAGUCAUCAUGGGUUCUGUAUGAAGUUAUAUGUAUACUGUGAAAAAAAGUAACCCAUGAGUUUUGUAUGAAGUUAUACUGUACAAAAAGUUACCAUGAGUUUUGUAUGAAGUUAUACUGUACAAAAGUCACCCUGAGUUUUGUAUGAAGUUAUACUGUACAAAAGUCACCCUGAGUUUUGUAUGAAGUUUUACUGUACAAAAGUCACCCGGAGUUUUGUAUGAAGUUAUACUGUACAAAAGUCACCAUGAGUUCUGUAUGAAGUUAUACUGUACAAAAGUCACCCGGAGUUUUGUAUGAAGUUAUACUGUACAAAAGUCACCCUGGGUUUUGUAUGAAGUUAUGCUGUACAAAAGUCACCAUGGGUUUUGUAUGAAGUUUAUACUGUACAAAAGUCAGCCUGAGUUUUUUUGUAUGGAGUUAAACAGUACAAAAGUCACCCUGGGUUUUGUAUGAAGUUAUACUGUACAAAAGUCACCCUGAGUUUUGUAUGAAGUGAUGCUGUACAAAAGUCACCCUGAGUUUUGUACGGAGUUUGUAGUACAAAAGUCAGCCUGAGUUUUGUAUGAAGUUAUACAGUACAAAUUCACCAUAGGUUUUUGUACAAAUUUCUACUUUAUAAAAGUCAUGGUCUUUUAUACAAAGUUAUACAGUGUGUUUACAUUGAAGUUAUACAAUACAAAUGUUUUUUUUCACAAAACAAUACAGGUUUUUGUAUGAAGUUAUAAAAAAAACUUUCAUGGGUUUUUGUAUGAAGUUAUACUGUACAAAAUCACCUUGUUUUUUUGUAUGAAGUUUACAAAAGUUAUGUGCUCACAUUACUAAAAACUUGCCUUUGGGUUUAGUAUAUUUAUGGCUGAAAUUCAGGAAAACAAUUAAAAAUGGAAUCUACAUUGAUAAAAUUAAUGCACACAAUAAUGUAUCUACGUGUAUUAUUUGUCUAUUUAUUAUGUUUUAAUAGAUUAAAAAAAAAAAAUUAAAUUAAUUUUCAAAGAAUUUAAAUUUAUAUUUAAACAAAAAGUCUAUCAAUAUUUUCCACUUACAAUUGUUCAAAUUGCUUUGAUAGUAUACUAUUUCAAAAUAGUGUGUGUUUUUUCUAGUCUUCUUUUCAUCAGACUCAUAAUUUGUGGAAAGGGUCAUGUCAAUUUACUUUGACUAUACAAUUUUGUAUAUGCAUAUUUCAUCAUUUUGCCUUUAUUAAUUAAUUAAUGCUUAUCUUUAUUAAUUAAUGCUUAUCUUCAUUGAUUUAUGCUAAUAGCUAUAUAGCUAGUUACUGUGAUGAUGUGAUUGUGAAUAUGUGAUAAUGAAACAGUUUUAGAAAUCACCAAUGUUAUUUAAUACAUUAUUAUUGUAUUGUUACAGCACAGUUAGUUUAUUUGAUAUGUAGUACAUCACUUUACAGUUAUAACUCUGUAGUGCAUCAAUUCUUCCUGGUAAAAAUUAAACUGAGUAAGAUGAAGUGCAUACAAAUCAACAAUGUUAUAGUUAUAUAUUCUAGAAUCACAUAAUUUAUGGUAAUUUUAUUUCCAAUACACAUCAUUAUUUAAUUAUAAAAUCACAAAAGAAUAUCUCUGUUUUAAUUUUUGAUCAGUAAAUCAAAAUAUUCUAUCACCCCACCGUUGGAUGUUACAUAAGCUGUACAUUUUAAACUCUGGUGUAAACUGUGCUUGUGAAUUGUUGUUCCUGUUUAAAUGUCUGUGAUAUGAUUGUGUCAGGAUGAUGAUGAUGAUGAUGAUGAUGAUGAUGAUGAUGUCUUUUUUUUUGUCAGAGUUAAUUACCAUCAAGUGAAACAGAUGUACAUUCAAAUAAAAAUUUGUAUCCCUAAUACAAGAUUUGUCUCCCUUUUCUUGACUAUAUAACCAAGAUAAUAGACUUGCUAUAUAUGUAAUCAUUCCUAACCAGAAUUAAUGUACCAGUUACCAUAGUUGCAGAUAAAAUAUUCAUUUUGGUAUGAGUUACCAUAGUUACGGAUGUAAAUGUCGCUGUUGGUAUGAGUUACCAUAGUUACAGAUGUAAAUGUCCCUGUAGGUAUGAAUUACCAUAGUUACAGAUGUAAAUGUCCCUGUUAGUAUGAAUUACCAUGGUGACGACUGUAAAUGUCCCUGUUAGUAUGAGUUACCAUAGUUACAGAUGUAAAUGUCCCUGUAGGUAUGAGUUACCAUAGUUACAGAUGUAAAUGUCCCUGUUAGUAUGAAUUACCAUGGUGACGACUGUAAAUGUCCCUGUAGGUAUGAGUUACCAUAGUUACAGAAGUAAAUGUCCCUGUAGGUAUGAGUUACCAUAGUUACAGAUGUAAAUGUCCCUGUUAGUAUGAAUUACCAUGGUGACGACUGUAAAUGUCCCUGUUGGUAUGAGUUACCAUAGUUACAGAUGUAAAUGUCCCUGUUAGUAUGAAUUACCAUGGUGACGACUGUAAAUGUCCCUGUUGGUAUGAGUUACCAUAGUUACAGAUGUAAAUGUCCCUGUUGGUAUGAGUUACCAUAGUUACAGAUGUAAAUGUCUCUGUUGGUAUUAGUUACCAUAGUUACAGAUGUAAAUGUCCCUGUUGGUAUGAGUUACCAUAGUUACAGAUGUUAAUGUCCCUGUUAGUAUGAAUUACCAUGGUGAUGACUGUAAAUGUCCCUGUUGGUAUGAGUUACCAUAGUUACAGAUGUAAAAGUCCCUGUUGGUAUGAGUUACCAUAGUAACAGGUAUAAACAUCUCUCCUGAAGUAUUGCAUAUGCAUUUAUGUUGGUGUGAUAGCUUCUCCAUAUUUAUGUGAUUGCUUCCUAUGAUACAUAGCCAUGUUAAUAUAAUUUGAAAUGCUUGCCUUCUUUUGUUGUAUGAUUUGGUGCUUUGAGAAAAGUUUGAAAUUUUACCUUGGUAAUUAGUAUAAACAGUGUUUUUCAAAUUAUUAUAAGUGAAACAUUCAAAUACAUAUGUAUUUAUCACUAUGAAAUCAGUACCUAAUCUACCUGUAAAUAACCCCCGACCACAAAUUAGCCCCUUCUUUAUUUUUGCAGAAUCAGCGAUUUCAAAAGAAUAAUAAAUCUAUUUAUGGUUCACAAGUAAGUCAUAUAAAACUUUAACUGAAGUUUUACACUAGGAGAGGGGCUUAUUUGAGGAUAAAUAUCGUACUCAAUUGUUAGACCAGGGGAGUACGCUUAUUUCAGGAUAAAUAUGGUACUAAACUUUUACACUAUUUUUUUUUGGGAGGGGGCUAAUUUGAGGAUAAUUUCUGUAUGGUACUAAACUUUUACACUACGGGAGCGCGCUUAUAGGAGGUUAAAUAUGGUACUAACACUAGUACUCCACACUAGUGGAGGGGACUUCUUUAAAGAUAAACACUGUAUCAAUGCAUGUGCUGUCUAGAUUUAAUUUUUCUUUUCCUAUAGAUCCCUGGGGAUUAUUUUUCAUUUUUUUCCAUAUUAACUUUAUAUUCUUACUUGAUUAAAGAUCUGGUUCAUAGUUCAAGUAAAAUACUUAAUCUUUAAUCAAAUGUAUGAUAAAAAGUUAAUAUUUGACUAAAUACAGACAAAACUAAGUAAUGUGCUUCUCUGUACCAUCUGUACCGACAAAGUCACACCAAGGGAAGCAACUCUGACACAUCAGAUGCUUCAGCCAGUUAAACGGUGUACUGGUAUAUACGUAUGUUAAUAUCUGUCUAGUACUGUAAUACAGUAGUGCAAUCAUUUGGUUAUGUAUGUAUGCACAUAUACAUGUUGAGUAAUUAACAGGUCUUAAUUAAUGCAUAUCCAUUAAUUACACAUACCCAUAUGGAGGGAAAAUGUUUAGCAACGUUUUGCUUUAUGCAAAAUAUUACAACCGAGGAGGAUACCAAAAAGAAAAGAAUUUUUCUCACCUUCUGUACAAUGCAAGUGAAAACAAAUUAUCAACUUGAUAUACCAGUAAUUAAUUUUUAAAUGCUAACUACUAUUUCUGCAAAAAGGAGUUAAUAAUUAUACUCCAAAUGAUGAUCAUCACAUACAUAACAAAGCCAUUGUUAAUAUCUUACAUUCUAGAUCUACAUGUAUAGGCAAUGCUUUAAACUUCUAUAAUCAAUAUUGAUAAAAAUUCUGAUGUUUUUGGUAUCCACCUUGGUUUGAAUAUAUAUCUUUAUUUCAUUUCUAUCAAAACUUUCACCUUGCUUUAAAACAGAUGAAUGACAUGGCUCCAUUCUCUACUCAUCAUCAUCAUUAACUAAACUGUGACAACUGACAUGUUAGAAAUGUUCACUGAAUCGAAAUGAAGAAACCGAUGCUGAAUCCA